AUGGGUAUUGAAAAUGGAUUCAACAUGAUCAUGAUGGCCGUUACAUUGUGCCUUGUAUUACUCUCCACAUUCUAUACGGGCAUCGUUGGAAUCCACGCAAUAUUUGGUGCUUUUAUCAAUC